UGUCGAGUGGUUCGUGUUGUCGGUUUCGCGUUGAAUAUCCCCGAGAAAACGAGUUCUAAAAAAAGUUUCGAAUAAAUUGUUUCAGUGUGAGAUUAUUUCCGUGAUUAAAAACCUCUCCACCGUUAAUUGAUCAUUGGAUUAAUCGAAUCAGUGAUAUUAAAGUGCGAGUGGUAACAGUGAGUUUUCGACAUUAUUCAUUGACAUUUAUCAAGUGUUAAAAUGUGCUCGAUGCUGUCACUCGUGACAAUUGCAAUGGUGGUGGUGUCUAUUGUCACCUGGAAUGCAGAAGCUCAGCCGAAAUCGCCGACUGUUCUCGACAGAAUGCAGGAGGAUACGGAUUUAUCUGAGUUCUUCCAUCUGCUGCAGAAUAACGAAGCAGCGAAGAGUACAAUCGAGCAUCGAGGCGUGACAGUGUUUGCACCGACGAAUCGUGCCUUCCAGAGGUACGCUGUCAGCAAGGACCACGGUGACCUCGUCCUCUACCACAUGUCGAAUUUAGCCAGACCCACUUGGGAGCUUCCGGAGUCUAUUUCGUCGGAGUUGGAUGGCAAUCCCCCGCUUUGGGUCACACGAAUCCACGUCAAUGGACAGGAGGAGAUCUACAUCAACAAUGCGAAGAUAUUGAAUGGGAGCAAUUAUCGACCGAUGAGGCCGUCCGUCGGGGAGGGAAAGAGUCAGUAUCUACACAGAAUAUCUCAAGUACUGGAGCCACUGCAGCCAAACUCCCGAGACAGGCCUGUCAACAAUCCGAAUGCCUUCGAGUUUCUAAACCAGAGUGAAAAUCUUCAGCUCGGAAAAUUCAGACUUCGAACAUUCCGCGAGAGAGUUAUUUACGAGGGAAAGCAUCAGGUUUUCAAUGCUGAUGGACGAUACACUUUCUUCGUUCCUGAUGAGGAGGGAUUCAAGCCGUCAAUGCGACCAGGCAAAAUAGAUAAGCAGGUGAUUGAUGGUCACGUAAUUCCGAAUCACGUUCUAUUCACCGACCCAACGCCCGAUGGCAAGGCCUACGAGACACUCGCCAAUACUGAUAACUUCAGGGUUCAGCUGAGUUUCGUGAAGGAUAACCGGGGAAAGGUUUACGUCAAGUCCAACACAAUAAUCGGUGACUCUAACCACCCGACAGGAGUCGUCCUCGCUGAGAUCGUCAAAGCGAAUAUAGCUGUGAAGAAUGGAGUUGUCCAUUUGAUCCAACGACCCCUCAUGGUGGUGGACGCCACAGUGCAGCAAUUCCUCGAGUCCUUCAAGGACAUCGAGAAGGAGGAUGGACCCGUUUACAAGUUCUACCAGAACAUCAGGGACUACGGUGGUGACUUCAUGGAGGAGAUAACGAGGGUCCAGGACAUCACCCUCUUUGCCCCGAGCAAUGCAGCGUGGGACCAGCUGGGAGUGCAGGGAAUUCUUCAGGACAAGAAGCGAUUCAGGCAGAUCCUCAGGCUGCACUACGUCAAGGAGAAACUGCCCCUCGAAAAGAUCAAGGAGAAGAGCAUCAGUUCGUUGCUGCGGAAAGGAAAGGGACUGCAAGUUAGCGCGGUUCGAACAGCAGCCGACCGCCGGGACCUCUUCUUCAAUGUUGUGGAUGGCUUCGACGGGAAGAAAGUUGUGACAGUAGAGGGUGGUGGUGUUAACGCAACCAUUUUGACAGCAAACAUCGCUGCCACCAACGGCAUCAUCCACAUAAUCGAUCGAGUCUUAGGAAUUCCUUACACAACUGUUUUGGAGAAACUCAGGACCGAUCCGAUGCUCAAUCAAACUUAUAUGCUUGGCAAACGGCGGAAUUUCAACGAUCAGUUGGGAGAUACAAGCAAACGUUUUACGUACUUUGUGCCCUAUGACAAGGCCUGGGAGGAUGCCAAAGUGGUGACUCCAACUGCGUAUAAUAAACUCUUCUUGACCAACUAUGAUUAUCACGCGAAACAAGUACUAGAGCGACACUUGGUCUCAUCAGACAAACCCUGGACGAUGGGUGCCCUGAAGAAUGCCACGAGCAACGGCAGUAUCGACCUCAAAGCGCAGAGAGAUGUCCUGAAAAUCCGCAUCAGGGAGGAGCAUGGCCGCUUCCAGAUCCAAUGGAGUGGCAAGCAGAAGUGGAUCAAUGUAUAUCGGCCAGAUGUAGCCUGCACAAAUGGAAUAAUUCACGUAAUCGAUGAUGCUUUCCUCCUGGAGAGUGACAUAACAGUCACGGACGACAGAGACUCAGCAUCCCUCGCCAGUCUGGCACCCCAUCUCAUCAUAAUUCUGAUCGCCAAGUGGCUCUUGUAAAGACAAUCACUCGAGGCUCAAGAGACAACAAUUAUUAACAAUUUAGGUGCAUCCAAUUGCGAAUGGACUUGUUUUCAUCAACAAAACAUCUGGUGACUCUUCAAUUUAAUGAUUAACAGGGGAAUGAGGGAGUUGAGGGAAACAAAUGCCAGUGGCUUGCACGUCCAUUAAUUAAAGAAUUUAAUUAAAAGUAGAUUAUUAUUUAUUCUUAAUUGAAAUAUACGUAUGAAAAAAAAUCAA